UCCAGCCGCACUGACAGAUGAGACUCGCGCCCUGCUCGGCGUGCGCUGCAGCGGCUCCGCGGCGCGCCGGGCCCCCGCCGUCCGCGCCCCGCGCCCUUAGAGGCGGACGAGCCGCGCGCGGGCCAUGGCCACGCUGCCGGGCGCGGAGCGGCGCGCGUUCGCGCUCAAGAUCAACAGGUAUUCUUCAGCGGAAAUAAGGAAACAGUUUACUCUCCCACCGAACCUUGGCCAUUACCAUCGACAGAGCAUAAGUACCUCUGGCUUCCCCUCUCUUCAACUACCUCAGUUUUAUGACCCGGUGGAGCCGGUGGACUUUGAAGGACUUCUGAUGACACAGCUGAACAGCCUGGAUGCGGAGCUCGCCCAGGAGCUGGGAGACUUCACCGAAGAUGACUUGGACGUGGUGUUCACGCCAAAGGAAUGUCGCACUUUGCAGCCUUCUUUACCGGAGGAAGGGGUUGAACUGGACCCUCAUGUCAGGGACUGUGUUCAGACUUAUAUUCGGGAAUGGCUAAUUGUGAACCAAAAAAACCAAGGAAGUUCGGAGAUUUGCGGCUUUAAAAAGACUGGAUCCCGAAGAGAUUUUCACAAGACGCUUCAGAAACAGACAUUUGAGUCAGAGUCCUUGGAGGGCCAUGAACCAAGCACGCAGGCUCGCCCCCGCCACUUAAACGUGCUGUGUGACGUGUCUGGGAAAGGGCCCCUCACUGCGUGUGGCUUCGACCUCCGCAGCCUGCAGCCUGAUCAGCAGCUGGAGAACCUCCUGCAACAAGUGAGUGCCGAGGACUUCGAGAAGCAGAAUGAAGAGGCCCGGAGGACCAAUCGGCAGGCGGAGCUCUUUGCCCUGUACCCAUCGGUGGACGAGGAGGAUGCCGUGGAAAUACGUCCGGUACCAGAAUGUCCUAAGGAACAUCUGGGCAACAGAAUACUGGUCAAGGUGCUGACCCUGAAGUUUGAGAUUGAAAUUGAGCCUCUGUUUGCCAGCAUUGCCCUCUAUGAUGUUAAAGAAAGGAAAAAGAUCUCAGAAAAUUUUCACUGUGACCUGAACUCUGACCAGUUCAAAGGCUUUCUGCGCGCUCACACGCCCUCCGUGGCUCCAUCAAGUCAGGCAAGAUCCGCAGUCUUCUCAGUCACCUACCCAUCCUCGGACAUCUACCUAGUAGUCAAGAUUGAAAAAGUCCUUCAGCAAGGAGAGAUUGGAGACUGUGCGGAACCGUACAUGGUUAUCAAAGAAGGUGAUGGUGGAAAGAGUAAAGAAAAGAUUGAAAAACUAAAACUUCAAGCUGAAUCCUUCUGCCAGCGUUUGGGAAAAUACCGGAUGCCUUUUGCCUGGGCUCCCAUAAGCUUAACAAGUUUCUUCAAUGUCUCCACCCUGGACAGGGAGGUAACCGAUGUGGAGUCCAUGGUUGGGAGAAGCUCUGUGGGUGAGCGGAGAACUCUGUCCCAAUCUAGAAGGCUUUCUGAAAGAGCCCUCUCCUUGGAGGAGAAUGGGGUCGGGUCCAACUACAAGACCACCACCAUGACUGUUAACAGCUUUUUCAAGCAGGAGGGGGAUCGCCUCAGUGAUGAAGACUUAUUCAAGUUUUUGGCUGACUACAAAAGAUCUUCAUCCUUACAGAGAAGAGUCAAGUCGAUUCCAGGCUUGCUGAGACUAGAAAUUUCUUCAGCUCCAGAGAUCAUCAGUUGCUCUCUGACUCCGGAAAUGCUGCCAGUGAAACCUUUUCCUGAAAACCGGACACGUCCACACAAAGAGAUUUUGGAAUUUCCAAUCCGGGAAGUCUAUGUCCCUCAUACCGUGUAUAGAAAUCUCCUCUACGUCUACCCACAGAGGCUGAACUUUGCUAACAAACUGGCAUCGGCCCGGAAUAUUACAAUAAAGAUUCAGUUUAUGUGUGGAGAGGAUGCCAGCGAUGCUAUGCCGGUCAUCUUUGGAAAAUCCAGUGGCCCUGAAUUUCUGCAGGAAAUAUACACAGCUAUUACAUACCAUAAUAAGUCUCCUGACUUCUAUGAAGAAGUGAAAAUCAAGCUCCCCGCUAAACUCACAGUAAAUCAUCACCUCCUGUUCACCUUCUAUCAUAUCAGCUGUCAGCAGAAGCAGGGAGCCUCCGUGGAAAGUCUUCUGGGAUAUUCGUGGCUGCCAAUUCUCCUAAAUGAACGUCUUCAAACUGGAUCCUAUUGUCUCCCAGUUGCCUUGGAAAAGCUGCCACCCAAUUACUCCAUGCAUUCUGCAGAGAAAGUCCCUUUACAGAAUCCUCCCAUUAAGUGGGCUGAAGGACAUAAGGGAGUAUUUAAUAUUGAAGUGCAAGCUGUUUCUUCUGUUCACACCCAGGACAACCACCUGGAGAAGUUCUUCACCCUCUGCCACUCCCUGGAGAGCCAGGUGACCUUCCCCAUCCGCGUGCUGGACCAGAAGAUCAGCGAGACCUCUUUGGAGCAUGAGCUAAAGCUCAGCCUCAUCUGCCUGAACUCCUCCCGCUUGGAGCCCCUGGUUCUCUUCCUGCAUCUGGUGCUGGACAAGCUCUUCCAGCUCUCCGUGCAGCCCAUGGUCAUCGCCGGCCAAACAGCCAACUUCUCCCAGUUUGCGUUUGAGUCCGUGGUGUCCAUAGCCAACAGUCUGCACAACAGCAAGGACCUGGCCAAGGACCAGCACGGGAGGAACUGCCUGUUGGCCUCCUACGUGCACUACGUCUUCCGCCUGCCAGAGCCGCCGAGGGACCCACCCAAGACAGGUGGUGCCACUGCCGCCCUCCCUGACCCGCGCUACCACACGUACGGACGCACGUCUGCUGCUGCCGUGAGUUCGAAGCUGCUGCAGGCCCGGGUGAUGAGCAGCAGUAAUCCAGACCUCGCAGGGACACACUCCGCGGCAGACGAGGAAGUGAAGAGCAUCAUGUCUUCAAAGGGUGUUGAUCGUACCUGCAAUCGGAUGUCUUACUAUUGCUCGGGCAAUAACGAUGUUCCCAGUUCGACCGCAGCCCCAAGGCCAGCCAGCAAAAAGCAUUUCCACGAGGAGCUCGCCCUGCAGAUGGUGGUCAGCACCGGGAUGGUGAGAGAAACCGUCUUCAAGUACGCCUGGUUCUUCUUUGAGCUUCUGGUGAAAAGCAUGGCGCAGUAUGUACAUAACAUGGACAAACGGGACAAUUUUCGGAGGACUCGUUUUUCUGACCGUUUCAAAGAUGACAUAACUACUAUUGUUAAUGUGGUCACCUCGGAGACUGCAGCCCUUUUAGUGAAACCUCAGAAGGAAAAUGAACAGGCAGAGAAGAUGAACAUCAGCCUGGCUUUUUUCUUGUAUGACCUUCUCUCACUCAUGGAUCGUGGCUUCGUAUUUAACCUCAUCAAACAUUAUUGUAACCAGCUGUCGGCCAAGCUCACCAACCUUCUGACGCUCAUUUCCAUGAGGCUGGAGUUUCUGAGAAUCCUGUGCAGCCACGAGCAUUACCUCAAUCUGAACCUCUUCUUUAUGAAUGCUGAUACUGCUCCAGCGUCCCCUUGUCCUUCCAUCUCUUCCCAGAACUCGAGCUCCUGCUCCAGUUUCCAGGACCAGAAGGUUGCCAGCAUGUUCGAUCUGACCCCAGAAUACCGUCAGCAGCACUUCCUCACUGGACUUCUCUUUACUGAACUGGCUGCUGCCCUGGAUGCCGAAGGAGAAGGGAUCAGCAAAGUGCAAAGGAAAGCGGUCAGUGCCAUCCACAGCCUUCUGAGCUCUCACGACCUGGACCCGCGCUGUGUCAAACCGGAAGUGAAGGUCAAAAUCGCUGCCCUCUACCUGCCUUUGGUUGGCAUCAUUUUGGAUGCUUUGCCACAACUCUAUGACUUUACAGCUGCAGAUGCCCGUAGUGGAAAAAAUCGUGCCAAUGGCUCGGAUGAAGACCAAGAAGGGACCAGUGCAAUUAACCAGAACGUGGCGCUGGCCAUAGCCGGAAACAAUUUUAAUUUGAAGACAAGUGAAACAAUGCUUUCUUCCUUGCCCUACAAGCAAUACAACAUGCUGAAUGCUGACACGACCCGCAACCUCAUGAUCUGCUUCCUCUGGAUCAUGAAAAACGCCGACCAGAGCCUCAUCAGGAAGUGGAUCGCCGACUUGCCAUCCAUGCAGCUAAACAGGAUCUUAGAUCUCCUUUUUAUCUGUGUCUCGUGUUUCGAGUACAAGGGAAAACAGAGUUCUGACAAAGUCAGUACCCAAGUCCUGCAGAAGUCAAGAGAUGUCAAGGCCAGGCUGGAAGAGGCUUUGCUCCGCGGGGAAGGGGCCCGAGGGGAGAUGAUGCGGCGCUGUCGGGCUCCAGGGAAUGACCGAUUUCCAGGCCUCAGUGAAAACUUGAGAUGGAGGAAGGAGCAGACACAUUGGCGGCAAGCUAAUGAGAAGCAAGAUAAAACAAAGGCAGAGUUAGAUCAAGAAGCCCUGAUCAGUGGCAAUCUGGCUACAGAAGCAAAUUUAAUCAUCCUGGAUAUGCAGGAGAACAUUAUCCAGGCAAGCUCGGCUCUGGACUGUAAAGACAGCCUUCUGGGAGGUGUUCUAAGGGUCCUGGUGAAUUCUCUGAGCUGCGAUCAGAGCACCACCUACCUGACUCACUGCUUUGCGACGCUCCGGGCUCUCAUCGCCAAGUUCGGGGAUUUGCUGUUUGAGGAAGAGGUGGAACAGUGUGCGGACCUGUGUCAGCGAGUCUUACACCAUUGCAGCAGCAGCGUGGACAGCACCCGGAGCCAAGCCUGUGCCACCCUCUACCUCCUCAUGAGGUUCAGCUUUGGAGCCACCAGUAACUUUGCAAGAGUGAAGAUGCAAGUAACCAUGUCUCUGGCAUCUUUGGUGGGCAAAGCACCAGACUUUAAUGAGGAGUACCUGAGAAGAUCCUUGAGGACGAUCUUGGCCUAUGCAGAAGAGGACACAGCCAUGCAGGCCACUCCUUUCCCCACCCAGGUGGAGGAACUUCUCUGCAAUCUGAACAGCAUCUUAUAUGACACGGUGAAAAUGAGGGAAUUUCAGGAAGAUCCCGAGAUGCUUAUGGAUCUCAUGUACAGAAUUGCCAAGAGUUACCAGACCUCUCCUGAUCUGCGGCUGACCUGGCUCCAGAACAUGGCUGAGAAACACACCAAGAAGAAAUGCUACACGGAGGCCGCCAUGUGCCUGGUGCACGCAGCGGCCUUAGUGGCCGAGUACCUGAGCAUGCUGGAGGACCACAGCUACCUACCCGUGGGCAGUGUCAGCUUUCAGAACAUUUCUUCCAACGUGCUGGAGGAGUCUGCAGUCUCUGAUGACACUUUGUCACCCGAUGAGGAUGGUGUGUGCUCAGGCCGAUACUUCACCGAGAGUGGCCUGGUGGGCCUCCUGGAGCACGCAGCUGAACUCUUCAGCACGGGAGGAUUGUAUGAGACGGUUAAUGAGGUCUACAAGCUGGUCAUUCCCAUCCUGGAAGCACACAGAGACUUCCGGAAGCUGACCUCCACCCACGACAAGCUACAGAAGGCUUUUGACAGCAUCAUCAGCAAGGGUCACAAGAGAAUGUUUGGGACCUACUUCCGAGUUGGGUUCUAUGGAUCCAAAUUUGGGGAUUUAGAUGAGCAGGAAUUUGUUUACAAAGAGCCUGCUAUUACCAAGCUUCCUGAGAUCUCUCACAGACUAGAGGGAUUUUAUGGCCAGUGUUUCGGUGAGGAAUUUGUAGAAGUGAUAAAAGACUCUGCUCCUGUGGACAAAACCAAGUUGGAUCCUAACAAGGCCUACAUACAGAUCACGUUUGUGGAGCCCUACUUUGAUGAGUAUGAGAUGAAAGACAGGGUAACCUACUUUGAGAAGAAUUUCAAUCUGCGGAGGUUCAUGUACACCACCCCCUUCACCCUGGAGGGGCGGCCCCGGGGAGAACUGCAUGAGCAGUACCGGCGGAACACCGUCCUGACCACCAUGCAUGCCUUCCCCUACGUCAAGACCAGGAUCAGCGUCAUCCAGAAGGAAGAGUUUGUUUUGACACCAAUUGAAGUUGCCAUUGAGGAUAUGAAGAAGAAGACCCUGCAGUUAGCGGUUGCCAUUAACCAGGAGCCCCCUGAUGCCAAGAUGCUUCAGAUGGUGUUGCAGGGCUCCGUCGGAGCUACUGUAAAUCAGGGACCACUGGAAGUAGCCCAAGUGUUCUUGGCCGAAAUUCCAGCUGACCCAAAGCUCUAUCGACAUCACAACAAGUUGAGAUUAUGCUUUAAGGAGUUCAUAAUGCGGUGCGGUGAGGCCGUGGAGAAGAACAAGCGUCUCAUCACGGCCGACCAGAGGGAAUAUCAGCAGGAACUCAAAAAGAACUACUACAAGCUGAGAGAGAACCUCAGGCCAAUGAUUGAGCGGAAAAUUCCAGAACUCUACAAGCCGAUAUUCAGAGUUGAGAGUCAAAAGAGAGACUCCUUCCACAGAUCUAGUUUCAGGAAAUGUGAAACCCAGUUGUCACAGGGCAGCUAGGAAAAGCUGUCCUCAUGCAUGGAGACUGAGGCCCUGUGACCCUGGAGAAGUACUUGUUGGUACUUAAAACACAGGACAUUUGCCGAGCAGGAUGGACUGCAUACUCCCUGACCGGACAGCACUCUGGAAGCCUUAGAAUCCCAGGGACCAUGGGAAUUACACCCAAAUGGGGUCUGAUCAGGUUUUGGCCCUCCAUACUGGGGUUAGUGGAGGGUGGUUUAUUAGGGGAGCCUGUGUAUUUAUCAAAUCAUGGCUUUUCACAACAUUGUACAAAAUAAGGCUUAAACAGCGUCUCCUGCUGAGUGGUCGGUCACGCUCUACGGGAGAGAUGACUUCCUCUGGCCGUAUUUGGAUUUACAGGAUAAACCCAAAUCGCCCGUGGGAAAAUGGAAACGUUGUCCGCCGUCCCAUGCAGAGUGGACGUCACACAUUCCCUGUUCAUGUGUGAGGAGGAUGGGCUGGCAGGACUGCAAAACGUGGUCAAUAAAUCCGUGAGGAGAGGCCUCACUAGAAAUCUAAAAAUCAUGAUGAUGGUUGGAGACUUGGAGCUAGAGGAAUUAUUUGUGAACUCGUUACCUUCUUGGGAACGGUGGACUAAUUGUUGUAUUUUGCCUAAGUGUUACUGUGUGUUAAGUUAAUUUAACAAGCGCUUAUAGACGAGGACCCUGGACUCACUGAGUUAGGAGACGCACGGUACUCGGCUGCAUUCACUUCAAUUCAGACACUUCUCCUGCAGUGCUUUGCAUUUUUUUCUUCUGCUCCUUCUCGCUCACUCUUUUUCUCCUCCUGCCUGGGACCAAGUUUAGUUUUGUAAAAGGAUAAUAGCUUCUGCUUUCGUGUCAGAACGUUGUGCCGUCCGUCGGCCUAUGUAUAUUGGCUAGAGUAGAUUGAGCUUGGACUUCUGACAAUGUACUGUAGGAGACAGAUGAACAGAAUUGUGGCUUGAGAAUUAAAUUAUAUAUUUUUAAUAUGCCCUUGACUGGUACUAAAAAUGUAAUAAGAAUGGCAAGCAAAAUGUUUCCCUUUGCAACUUGUGUUUUCUAUUUUGACAACUCUUAACUCUCGCAAAGCACUUCGGAGAAAAGGAAAGAUGCAUAGGCAUGGUCCUCCAGACCAGACAGUGCUGUCCCGGGGCGCGCCUCUUAUGCGGUAUUUAAUUUGGUGUUUAUAAGAGAGAAUUUCAUUUGGAUAAUCCAGAACUUUUUAUGCAUGAAUUUAUAUUCUGAAAGAGAUCUUUUUUUUAAAGCACAAAAGCUUACUAGUUUACAUGGCAAACUUUUUGCUGUCUAGGCAUUUGGGGAAGGAUUCUUUCUAAAGUAUACGAUACACUUCAUUGCUUUCCUACAUGAGUACAUAUGAUAUACUUUAAUUCCAUAUGCUGUUUGGCAUCUUCUGUGGGGAGGUACUGGCUGAGACUGAGGUCCAAUAACACUGUCACCGUCCUCCAAAGCCUGCCAGCUUAGCGAGGAGGAGCAUCUCUGUGCAUGUAGCCAAAAUACAGAGCAGACUAGAACAGGCAACAGGCCCUACAGAACAUAACCUUUCAUGAGUGACUCAAGGUUGGGCAUCAAUCACUCGCAACAGCUAUUAUAUUCUGCCCUCAAACAAUAAGUGUUAAGUGUUUGCCCUCAAACAAUAAGUGUUAAGUGUUAAGCACUAAGCAAAUUAGGGGCGCCUGGGUGGCUCAGUCAUUUGAGCGUCUGCCUUCAGUUCAGGUGGUGAUCCCGGGGUCCUGGGAUCAGCCUGGUGUUGGGCUCCCUGCUGAGCGGAAAGCCUGCUUCUCCCUCUCCCUUGGCCUCUCUUCCCGUCUUGUUCUCACUCUCUCAAACAAAUAAAAUCUUGGGAAAAAAAAAAGAGUAAAGCAAAUUAGGCCUUUUGGUUUUCUAAAAACUAGAGAAACCUGAUAUACCACAAUAGCAUCUUGAUUUUGCGUUGGAAAACCCUUCUGUGCAAGGGUUUUAGAGGAAUCCUCUGAUCAGCUUCAUGCUGCCUCUCCUUCGGCAAGGUCAAGGGUGCAACUGUCCCUUAAGGAUCUCCAGGAAGGGGCACCCGGCUGGCGCAGUCGGUGGAGCAUGGGACUGUCUGGAUCUCAGGGUUGUAGGGUGCAAGCCCCACCCCCAUGUUGGGUAUUGAGAUUGCUUAAUAAUAAAAUCUUAAAAAUAAAAAAGAGAGAGGGAGAAUCUGCAGGAAAAUGAGACAUAUGCUGCACAGGCCUGACGGGGCUGUCACGCUUUGCACUGUCUUCAAGUCUCUAAUUCUAUUCCCUAAGGAGUCCUUUCCAUGGCAGUGGGUUUGUUUUAAAAAGAAAAACUUUUAGAGCUGUCAUUGAUAAUUGUGGUUGCAAGUAUGUUUCCAAAGACAGGGAGCCUUUGUUUUGCCUUGAAUGUAUUUUUAAAUGCUUGUUAUCUCAAACGUUGUAAAGCUGCUAUUAAGUAUGAUUUUGCAAACAAAACACCCUAAAAGUUCUCAUACAUCCCAGAAUGCUGGAUAUGUCUAUAGUGUCCAGUGUAUCCUCUUUUUGGACUGAAAGCAGUGCUUCCUAAUCUUUUUCACACCAGGGGCUUAAAUGUUCUCUAUUGAGGCAUAACAAAUAGCCCGCAAACUCGUUAGCUUAAAGCAGCAAUAAACAGUAUCUCACCCAGUUCCUGCGGAUUUGAAAUUCAGGAGUAGCUUGCCCAGGCGGUCCGAUUUGAGGCAUCACAGGAGGUUGAAGUCAAGAUACUGGCCAGAGCUGCCAUCAUCUGAAGGCUUGACUGGAGCUGAUGGGUUCUGUUCCAAGGUGGCUCAUUCCUAAUGUUGGGAAGUUGGUGCUGGUCUUUGAUGGGAGGCUUUAGUUCUCCCUGUGGACCUCUCCCCAGGUGCAUGAGUGCCCUCCUGACAUGGCCGCUGACUCCCCCUAGGGGGCACGAUACAAGAGAAGUAAGGCCAAAGUGGCCAUGUCCUUUAUGACCUAGCCUCUGAAGUCAGACUCCCUCGUGUCUGCCGUAUUCUGCGUUUUCGAAGCAAGCCACCAGGGUCAGUCCCUGUUCAGGGGGGAGAUUUAUCAGGCUCUACAUUUUGAAUGGCGGAGUGUUAAAGAAUUUUUGCACAUAUUUUAAAAUCACCAUAAUGGGGUACCUUAAAAUUCUGCAUUUGUUGUCUCACUGGAUGGACAGAGCUACUUGCUGAUAGAGAUUUCCAGUCCAGGAGCUCUGGCUGCCCUGAGUCCCUCCCAGGGGGCUGGGCCAGUCAACCUCAAGUAAUAUCUAUAACCCAGUUCCUGGGUGCACCAUGGAACACCACUUGGGAAGCCCUAGCCUACAAGUACUCAGUUGGCCAUCUUUUGCAAGGGACAGGAAACAAAACUCAACCCAGUGUUUUCAAAGGAGGUGGUGGAGUUUAUAGGCUCACGUAACAGGACAACCCAGAGGUAUUAUUGGUUCAGAUGCAUCUUGAUUCAGGACCCACAUAGCAUGGCCUGGGUCCAUUUUUCAUCGCUGCUUCCUCUUGGUUGGCUCCGUUCUCGGGCUUUCAGCAGUGGCCCCUGGAAAUUUCGGCUCAUCCCUCAGGAUGGCAGUCCAUCAGGCCGUCCUGAGCCUCACAGCCUCAUACGUUCCAGAAUUCUUAGGGGACUCUCUUGGGUUCGUUCUAAUUGGAGUGGCUUAUGCUAACCAAGGUUCUCCCCUCACACUAGAAGCAGGGUCAAACCACGUGGCUAGUGAGAAAGGGACUAGAACCUCCUCAGGGAACUGGGAAGAAAGGGGGAAGGAAGCAAAGCAAACCAUGGGAGGCUCACUACCAAACAUUUUGCUUUUAGGCAUUCAGAAAAAGGAACUUGUGUGGAGAUCAGGAUGAAAGUUUCUUUCAUAUCCUGUUCACAACCACUGACCCGGCAGGACCAUCCCAAGGAGGGGUGAUGAAGGGGAUAGGAAGUCUGAGAAGGAGGACCUAGGGCUUAGCAUAUCCUGAAGCAAAGUGGGGGCCAGAUAGAGAGGAGUGGGAGGUAUCACUGCACCAGUCAUUCAGCCUCCGGAGUGUCUUGCCAACAAUGGUGCACAUGAUCAGGAAUCAGAACUGUAGAGCUGAGGGGUGGGGCACUGGUAGGAGAGUGGGGGACAGGGAAAUGGAGUAACAGUACAUUUGACUGGAGAAAGUCAAGCAUCAGAAUUGUGCCUUUUGCUCAUCACUGUAUCCCCAGAGCCUGGCCCGUAAUGGACACUCAGUGGAUGUUUAUAAACAACCAAAACAAUGAGAGAAGGUGGCCACCUGUGAUGAUUUCUCCCAGACUGCUCCUUUUCUGUAGCUCCGAGCUUGAAAAGCAGUACCUAAAGGAGGACAGUCGAUCAGAGUCCAUUGGCCCCAGAGGAAUGCCUUUCCAUUCACUCUAGACUCUCUAGUGUCAAUGCAUGGGCAAGAAUUAAGAGGAUUUCCUCCCCGUCCUGGUGCUAUCCCUUGACUCAUCUUAAACGUUAUCCGUAAUAAUCUUAAACCGAACCUAACAGAGCCUGAUUAAAAGCCCAAAUCUGCAAUGGUCGCUAAGUUUGCAGCCAUAGAAUUCCUGGAGGAAAUGCAGCAUAGCCUUGGUUGAAAAUGAUGUGGAGAGGGGAGAGCUGUCCGUGUUCCUGACCCCACGGCCUUGAUGCUGCAG